AUAGCUAUACCACGAUGUCCCAAGUUGAUCCAGCGUUCCGCAACAUUCCAAAGAAUUCCACGUUUUUCAUUAUCUGGAGGAUAGAGAAAAUGGAAUUAGUCCUUCUUACCCAAGAACAUCACAGCACUUUCUACACUGGAGAUUCUUACAUUGUCGUUUGUGCAACAGAAUAUGGUGAACAAGGUGAUUCAGCUAUGAAGCCGAAGCCAGCUCGUCGUGGACUUGAUGUUCAUAUACACUUCUGGUUAGGCUCUCAAACCUCUCGAGAUGAAGCUGGAGUUGCAGCUUAUAAAACUGUGGAACUUGACGACUUUCUCGGAGGUUCCCCUGUACAACAUCGUGAGGUUGAAGGCCAUGAAUCCAAACAGUUUCUAUCGUAUUUCAGGAGAGGAAUCAGGCUUUUAUCUGGAGGAGUCUCCAGCGGUUUGAAGCAUGUUGACACUUCCCAUCAACCACGACUGUUUCACGUGAAGGGCAAACGAAGACUUGUUGUACGACAGAUAAAUGAUAUAACAUGGAAUAAUAUGAACGAUGGGGACGUCUUCAUAUUGGAAGCUGGGAAACUAAUAUUCGUAUGGAGUGGCAGGUAUGCCAACAACAUGGAAAAGAUUCAGGGUGCACGGUUAGCUCAAGAGUUGAAAGCAGAACGUGGGGACGGAUCUAUUGUUACUGUAGAUGAUGGGAAGGAAAAAGGCCUCACGGCUGUUGAGAAAGAGGUGUUCAACAAGUGGCUACCAAUAAAAGAGAAGAAGCUGAAAAGUUACAAAGAUGUAGUUGCUGAUGACGUCAUUGAAAGAAAGCUUAGAAAAGAACUGAAACUCUACAGAUGCUGUGAUGAGGGUGGUACCUUAAAGGUUACAGAGGUCAAAGGUGGGCCUCUUGAUCAGUCUGAUUUAACCUCGCAGGAUUCCUACAUAAUAGAUAACGGGGAAGCAGGCAUUUGGGUGUGGGUAGGGAAACGAGCCAAUACAAAAGAGAGAACGGAAGCUAUGAGAAAUGCCCAGGGGUUUAUCAAGAAGAAAACUUAUCGAAACUACACCCAAGUAACCAGAGUUAUCGAAGGUGGAGAACCACCAGAAUUCCAGUGUUUAUUCAGAACUUGGAGAGAUCCUCACCACACUGUUGGCCUUGGUAAAACUCACAACGUUGGAAAGAUUGCCAAGACAGUUCAGACAAAGUUUGAUGCCUCUACGCUGCACUCAAACAUCCGUCUGGCAGCGGAGGUACAAAUGGUGGAUGACGGUAAAGGAACUAAAGAGGUUUUUCGAGUUCAGAGCUUCGACCUUGUACAAGUUGAUCAGAAGGAAAUAGGAAAGUUCUACAGUGGAGACUGCUAUAUUGUUGUGUACGCUUAUAGCGAUGUAGAAAAAGACAAUUUUAUGAUCUACUAUUGGCUGGGAGCCAAGUCUACCUUAGAUGAACAAGGAACGGCUGCUUUAAAAACAGUUGAGCUGGACGAGAAGUUGGACGGAAGAGCUGUCCAGAUCAGAGUUGUACAAGGGAAAGAACCGCCACAUUUUAUGGCCAUAUUUGGCGGAAAAAUGAUCAUCUUGGAGGUAAGUUAUUUAUUUAUAACUGUGACUAAGUUUAUGGGGAGUACUGGAGAUGAGAGAGAAAUGGCAAAGAAGAUUGCCUCACAGUCGGGAAGAGAAAUAGUGCUGGUGUCUGAAGGACAAGAAAAACAGGAAUUCUGGAAUGCUUUGGGUGGCAAAGAGCAUUAUGCAAAUAAUCAACAACUUCAGAUGACAGACGAUAGCCAUCAGCCAAGACUAUUUCAGUGUUCUAAUGCCAGUGGUCGGUUUUUUGUUGAAGAAAUUAUCGGUUUUCUUCAAAGUGACUUGGUGGAAGACGACAUAAUGCUACUCGAUGCUUGGAAAACAAUCUUUAUUUGGAUUGGUAACAGAGCAAAUAUAGAAGAGAAGCGUCGGGCCAUGUCUGUCGCAGAGGAAUAUUUGCAAACUGAUCCUAGUGGGAGAGACAGCAGCACACCAAUUGUCAAAGUUAAACAAGGCCUGGAGCCUCCUAACUUUACAGGAUUUUUCGGUGUGUGGGAUAGAAGCCUCUGGAAUAAAAACAAAACUUAUGACGAAGUAAAAGCUGAAUUAGCAGAAGAGAACCCUGGAGUAAUUGUGGUUCGGCCUCAAAUUAAUGGCAAGAUUUCCAGUCCUGAUGUUGAUAAGUUUCCACUGGAGAUUUUACAGAUCAAAGAUCCUGAAGAACUUCCAGAGUCAGUUGAUCCUUCUUCAAAAGAAGUCAGUUUGUAUUUUCUUUUUAAAUUUAACAACUGCAAACCUUAG